AUGGACGACAUUCUAACACAUAAGACAUGGGAAGAGGCUGAGGAUGCGGCCGAAAAUACACUUGCUCAGAAAACAUCAAAAAUUAGCUUAAAUGUUAAUGCUGCAGAAUUUAAACCAAAUGUCUUUGCUAAAGAGUUUAUUCCAAGUUGGCUUCCUCAACCGGCUCAAACUCCCUCCGAGCCAGUAGUAGAGAAAAGUGAAUCAGAGAACUUGGCUGACAUACCUGUGGAAAAUACUCCGACGCCGCCAAAUCCUGCCGCUAAUCCCGCACCAAUGGCUAAAAAAGAGACGGGAAAGAAAACCGUGUCUUCUAGCACCACCGUUUCCACCUCUACUGCACAAAUAACAGAAACAACAGAGACAACAGAACAAGACGAACACGUUGAUGCUGAAAUAAUAGAGGAUCUUUAUGGCAAAGAACAUUUGAAUGUUGUGUUCAUUGGUCACGUAGAUGCUGGAAAGUCGACGAUGGGUGGUAAUUUGUUAUUUUUAACGGGAAUGGUGGAUCAAAGAACUAUGGAAAAGUAUGAGAGAGAAGCUAAAGAUCAAGGACGAGAGUCUUGGUACCUUUCCUGGGCCCUUGAUACUAACAAGGAAGAACGUGCCAAAGGAAAAACAGUGGAAUGCGGUAGAGCUUAUUUCGAGACGGAAAAGCGUCGAUACACAAUUCUCGAUGCUCCUGGCCACAAAAAUUAUGUUCCAAGUAUGAUAGGAGGAGCUUCCCAAGCCGAUAUAGCAGUCUUGGUGAUCUCCGCUCGUAAAGGUGAAUUCGAAACAGGAUUUGAAAGAGGAGGUCAAACUCGUGAACACGCUUUGCUGGUCAGAACUUUGGGUGUGAGUAAACUCAUAGUGGUUAUUAAUAAAAUGGAUGAUGCCACCGUUUGUUGGUCUAAAGGCAGAUAUGAUGAAUGUGUCACCAAAAUCACCCCAUUUCUUAAAGGGAAUGUUCAGUUCAUGCCUGUUUCUGGAUACACAGGACUUAAUUUAAAAGAACGCGUUCCUAAAGAAAUUUGCUCCUGGUACAGUGGUCCUUCAUUAUUGGAAUAUUUGGAUAAUAUGCAAGCGUUGGAUAGAAAAAUCGACGCGCCAUUAAUGAUACCGAUUAUCGAAAAGUAUAAGGCAAGUAUGAAUCCCCAAAAAGAAAUGAUUUUUUGGUAUGAUAUGGGAACGGUGGUGGUCGGUAAAGUAGAAUCGGGGAAAGUUAGAAAAGGACAAAUGGUUUUAAUAAUGCCCAAUAGACGAAAUGUUGAAGUAUCAGCGGUCUAUAAUGAAGUGGAAGAGGAAAUUAAAGUAGGGAUAUGCGGUGAUAAUGUACGAUUGAGAAUUCGGGGUAUUGAAGAAGAGGAUAUUUCUACCGGAUUUGUUGUGUGCUCAACAGAAAGGCCGGUUAAAACAGCCACUGCUUUCGAAGCACAACUUGCCAUUCUAGAACACAAGAAUAUUCUUUGCGCGGGAUAUAGUGCAGUUUUGCACGUGCACACUUGUGUUGAAGAAGUUUCAGUGGCGGCUUUACUGCAUUUAUUAGAUAAGAAAACCGCAAGGAGAUCCAAACGUCCUCCACAAUACGUAAAGAAAGGACAGAAAGUAAUUGCACGGUUAGAGUCGGUUGCACCAAUUUGUGUGGAAUCUUAUGAAAUUUUUCCCCAACUUGGAAGAUUUACACUCCGAGACGAAGGAAAAACGAUUGCUAUUGGUAAAGUCACAAAAGUAGUCGAGCACGAAUAA